AUGGCGCCACGCUCCGUCGCCGAGUGCGCAAAGAGAUGGAAUGCCUUCCAGGUGGCUAAGAUCAUCGGACGUGCUACGGAGAUGAUUCAACUCACGCCGACCAACAACGAACCAGACGAAGGAGUGACAGAUACAACAGAGUCAGAGAACGGCAGUAAGACAUUCCAGGCCGCAGUUCACAACAAGUCGCUCGUCCUAGAGCUGGAUUCCGAGUGCUGCUACUUGCUCAUCGGCUGGCUUUAUACUGGUCAACGUACUACUAGCAAGCUCAGAUGGGAUCUUCUGUUCAACCUGUAUGUCUUUGCCGACAAAACUGAUAUGCUCGCCCUCCGUCGACACAUCAUGACAGUCAUAAGAACCUGGCGGACUCACAGCCAACCACCACUCUUCGAGGAUGCUACAAUCGCACUCGAGUCACUGCCUCCAUUCUCACCUUCAUACCGCUGGCUCUUGGAUCUGUACACUCACCAUUGGAUGCCCGACUAUCGAGCUCCAGAGGAUGUGCUGCCCAACGGAUUCCUCAUGGCCUGGAUCAAGAGAGCAGCUGCCAGAACGUGCGUGGUCAAGAGAGAAGCAUGUGCCGAUUGUCCAUGUUGCGAGGCAGCCUUAUGCGAUUUCCAUGAGCAUGAGAGUAUUGGGGAAUGGAAAUUGACAUGUGGUAACAAGACUAGCCACAAGACAAGCCCUAAGACCGACGAAAAGAAUUGA